AUGGAUGAACUCGAGCAAAACCAAGAGGUGAUAAGAGCGGAUGUCAACCAAUUGAAGGAAAAGGUCGAUCGAAUCUUGGAAGCUAUACAUGCUUUGGUGAGGAAGGAGAAUACAGAUGGGGAUCCUCCAAUUGUAAAUGAAGAACACCAAACUACUUCUUCUCAUCUACUGAGUUUUACCCCGACUAACCAACAAUUCCGCACUGCAACUAUGCAAUUUCCUAUAUAUGGUCUCCCGCCUGUUGUCAAUCUCCAAAACUUAAACCAAUCACAAAUCCCACCUCAUCUGGGAUAUGUGCCACCCCAAAACACUAUACCCACAAAAAAUAUUCCAUAUAGUGUACCUCAAGUGCCCCAUUUUGAUGCUAACGGAAAUUGGCAUCAACCUCACAUUGGGGAUGAUACACAAUCGAAGGAAAAAUUUCAUGUCUUAGAAGAGCGAAUCAAAGCAAUUGAGGGGCAUAAUGUUUAUGGUCUCGAAGCUUUCGACAUGUGUUUGGUUCCUGAUGUGACUAUCCAUCUAAAAUUCAAGGCUCUUGACUUUGAAAAAUACAAAGGCAACACAUGUCCUAAAAAUCAUCUAACUAUGUAUUGCAGAAAAAUGGCUUCUCAUGCUCAUAACGAUAAACUUCUCAUUCAUUUUUUUCAAGAUAGUUUGAGUGGGGCAUCGUUAAGUUGGUAUAUGCAUCUUGAGCGAAGUCGUAUUCGUUCGUGGAAAGACUUGGCUGAUGCUUUCUUGAGGCAAUACAGGUACAACAUUGACAUGGCCCCUGAUAGGAUGCAAUUGCAAAAUUUAUUGAAAAAGGACAACGAAGCUUUCAAAGAAUAUGCGCAACGGUGGAGGGAAAUGGCAUUACAAGUAGAACCUCCUUUAUCUGAAAAAGAAAUGGUUGGUAUGUUUAUGGCUACUCUCCAAUCGCCUUUUUAUGAUAAGAUGAUUGGAAGUAUGUCAUCAAACUUUUCUGACCUUGUCAUGAUAGGAGAAAGGAUAGAAAGUGGGAUGAGGAGUGGCAAGAUUGUAUGUGCAGCAACUGGCAUAAAAAGACCCCAAGCGACCUUCACAAAAAAGAAAGAAGGGGACGCUAACGCUGAAGACGGUCCCAACGUAGGGAAUAAUCCUUUGCCGGGUCACAGAGAUGCCACUGUCAAUUUCAUUGAAGAAGAGAUAGACCAGUACACAAAAGAUGAUUAUGUAUCGACCAUAGAGCCAUGCAUGGAAAGCGAUAGCUCUAAACAUCAAGGUACUGAUGUCACCAAUAUUUCAGGGAUUGGUGGGAUAACCCGUAGUGGUCGAGUAUACACUCCUGAACAUCUCAGGAAAAAGGAAGGUCAUGAAGAAAAGGGGAAAGAGGUUGUGUAUCAUGCGAUAAAAGGACCAGAAAUUUGCAAAAAGACGGUGCCUACAGAAGAAGCUAAUGAAUUUUUGAAGUUUAUAAAGCAAAGUGAGUAUAAGGUGGUAGAUCAAUUAAAUCAAACCCCUUCCAAGAUAUUUAUUCUUUCUUUGUUAUUAAACUCUGAAGCGCACAGAAGGGCACUGAUGAAAAUUUUAAAUGAGGCUCAUGUUACUCAUGAUAUCACUGUCGACCAAUUUGAUGGGGUUGUCAGUAAUAUCACCGCCAGUAGCAGUUUGAGUUUUAGCGAUGUUGAAUUACCAGCUGAGGGGAUGGAGCAUAAUAAAGCACUACAUAUCUCUGUGAGGUGUCAUGAUCAUAUUCUUGCACGGGUGCUAGUUGAUAACGGUUCAUUGUUAAAUGUCAUGCCGAAAUCGACACUUUCAAAACUUUUUUUUGAUGGGGCUUGUUUGAAGCCGAGCGCUAUGGUGGUGAAAGCGUUUGAUGGAUCCAGAAGACAAGUUGUUGGUGAGAUUGACCUGCCGAUUCAAAUCGGACCCCACAACUUUGGAAUAACUUUCCAAGUUAUGGAUAUUAAACCGGCGUAUAGUUGUCUUUUAGGGAGACCAUCGUGGAUUCACGCUGCUGGAGCAGUAACAUCCACUCUCCAUCAAAAGCUAAAGUUUAUAGUGAACAAUAAGCUGGUGAUAAUAUUUGGGGAAGAAGAUAUGAUAGUGAGUCAUCUAUCUUCUACGGGAUACAUUGAAGAAGCAGAGGAAGCCAUUGAAACUUCCUUCCAAGCAUUAGAAAUCGCCAAUGUUGUCUUCAUGGGUGAAGGAUUUCGUUUAAAAGAACCAAAAUUAUCUACCACAUCAUUGAAGUUUACAAAAUCCAUAUUGGAAGGAGGAACUUUUGAUAAAUUCGGGAAAUUGAUAGAAAUACCAGAAAAGAAGGAUAAGUACGGGUUGGGAUAUAUACCUACCAAAUCUGAUCAAGAGAACGAUGUGAAAGAAAAACGAGAAAGCAAGCUAGCUCGUUGGGAAAACUGGGUACCAAAUUCACAAAAGAUCCAUAUUUGUGACAUUCGUCAAACAUUUCAAAGUGCUGGAAUAAUAUAUAUUGAUCAACUGGCUGUUGUAGAAGAGGACCGUGUUGAUGAUGAUACCCUCAAAUUGUUUGAACACCCAAUUAAUCACGCUAAUGAGGAUUGUGAAGACGAUUGCGAGCCUCCCUCAGAACUAGAAAGGUUAAUUGAACAGGAAGCUAAGAUAAUCCAACCUUAUCAAGAACCUUUUGAGGUGAUCAAUUUAGGGACUGAACAUGAUAAGAAAGAAGUUAAAAUUGGCAUAUCUAUGAAAGAAAGUGAACGAGAAAUGCUGGUUAAACUUUUAUUUGAUUAUGUGGAUGUCUUUGCAUGGUCAUAUCAGGAUAUGCCUGGGCUAGAUACUAACAUAGUUGAACACAAGCUACCACUCAAGCUUGAAUGUGCUCCAAUUAAACAAAAAUUGAGGAGGAUGAGGCCUGAUAUGUCACUUAAAAUUAAAGAAGAAGUCGAGAAACAAUUUGAUGUUGGUUUCUUAGCUGUGGCAAAAUAUCCUCAAUGGGUUGCUAACGUUGUUCCAGUUCCAAAGAAAGAUGGAAAAGUUCGAAUGUGUGUUGAUUAUCGGGAUUUAAAUAAAGCUAGUCCAAAAGAUGAUUUUCCUUUGCCUCACAUUGAUGUCCUAGUAGAUAGCACUGCUCAAUAUUCUCUUUUCUCCUUCAUGGAUGGUUUCUCAGGGUAUAAUCAAAUCAAGAUGGCUCCCGAAGAUAUGGAGAAAACUACAUUCAUCACACAAUGGGGGACUUUCUGUUAUAAAGUGAUGCCAUUUGGAUUGAAGAAUGCUGGGGCAACCUAUCAAAGAGCAAUGGUAACUUUGUUUCAUGACAUGAUGCAUAAGGAAAUAGAGGUUUACGUGGAUGAUAUGAUUGCAAAAUCUCGGACCGAAGAAGAACAUGUUAUUAACCUUCAAAAUUUGUUUGUGCGACUAAGGAAGUUCAGACUCCGUUUAAACCCUGCUAAAUGCACUUUUGGUGUAAGAUCAGGCAAGUUACUUGGGUUUAUCGUUAGUAAAAAAGGGAUAGAAGUGAAUCCAAAUAAAGUAAGAGCAAUACAAGAAAUACCCGUUCCACGCACGGAAAAGGAAGUCCGUGGCUUUUUUGGCAGAUUGAAUUACAUUGCCAGGUUCAUAUCGCAUCUCACCGCUACAUGCGAGCCAAUUUUCAAGUUGUUGCACAAAGACCAAAAGGUUGAAUGAAAUGAUAAUUGUCAAAAAGCUUUCGAAAAGAUUAAACAGUACUUGUCAAAACCUCCAAUCUUAGUGCCUUCUAUUCUUGGGAAACCUCUUAUUAUGUAUCUGACAGUACUUGACGAUUCAAUGGGUUGUGUAUUGGGGCAGCAUGACGAAUCUGGUAAGAAAGAACAUGCUAUUUAUUAUUUGAGCAAAAAGUUCACCAGCUGUGAAACAAGGUAUUCACUACUUGAACGAACAUGUUGCGCAUUAGCAUGGGCUGCUCGUCGGUUAAGGCAAUACAUGUUAUGUCAUACAACUUGGUUGGUGUCUAAAAUGGACCCAAUUAAGUACAUCUUUGAGAAACCUGCUCUUACUGGAAGGAUUGUCCGUUGGCAGAUGUUGUUAUCAGAAUACGAUUUGGUAUACGUUACACAAAAAGCUAUAAAAGGAAGUACCCUAGCAGAGUAUUUGGCCCAACAACCUGUAGAAGAUUUUCAAUCAAUGCAGUGUGAAUUCCCCGAUGAAGGCAUCAUGACUUUAUUUAAAUAGAAUGAAUCACCUGAUAAAGAAAAAUGGAUGCUGGUGUUUGAUGGUGUUUCUAAUGCGUUAGGUCAUGGAAUUGGGGCAAUUUUGAUUUCUCCGGAGAACCAGUUCACUCCAUUUACGGCUAGAUUGUGUUUUGAUUGCAGAAACAAUAUUGCAGAGUAUGAAGCAUGUGUAAUGGGCAUUAAAGUAGCUAUUGAGUCAAAGAUAAAAGUUAUUGAGGUAUAUGGAGACUCAUCUUUGGUUAUCCAUCAAACAAAAGGAGAGUGGGAAACUCGAGAUUCCAAAUUGAUUCCGUAUCAUACACAUAUCAAAGAAUUGGUAGAAAAUUUCGAGCAUAUCACUUUUCACCAUAUUCCUCGAGAAGAAAAUCAAUUGGCUGAUGCUUUGGCCACAUUAUCAUCAAUGUUCAAAAUAAGCGUCGGCCAGGAUGUGUCGGUCAUAAAAAUUCAACAAAAGAAUAAGCCAGCAUAUUGCUUAUCGAUAGAAGAAGAGCUUGAUAGCAAACCAUGGUUUUAUGAUAUCAAAUCCUAUGUUAAGAAUAGAGAAUAUCCAUCAGGUAUUUCAGAAAACGACAAGAGGGUUUUGAGGAGACUCUCAAUGAACUUCUUCUUAAAUGGAGAUGUGCUUUACAAGAGAAAUCAUGAUAUGGUUCUCCUCAGAUGUGUGGAUCAAGCUGAAGCAGAGAAAAUUAUUCAAGAGGUUCAUGAAGGUUCUUUUGGAACUCAUGCAAAUGGACACGCAAUGGCAAGAAAAAUCUUGAGGGCUGGCUAUUAUUGGUUGACUAUGGAAUCUGAUUGCUUUAGUCACGUAAAGAAAUGUCAUAAAUGUCAAAUAUAUGUUGAUAAAAUACAUGUACCGUCCACCUCUUUGAAUGUUUUAACAUCACCAUGGCCGUUUUCAAUGUGGGGGAUGGAUGUUAUUGGACUCAUCGAGCCAAAAGCUUCCAAUAGUCACCAGUUUAUCUUGGUAGCUAUUGAUUACUUCACAAAAUGGGUUGAAGCCGCUUCUUAUGCCAAUGUGACGAGAAGUGUAGUUGUUAAAUUCAUCAAAAGAGAAUUGAUUUGUCGAUAUGGCUUACCAAACAAGAUAAUCACUGAUAACGCGACUAAUUUGAAUAACAAAAUGAUGAAAGAGUUGUGUGAUAGUUUCAAAAUUCAGCACCAUAAUUCUUCGCCAUAUCGUCCGAAAAUGAAUGGAGCUGUAGAAGCAGCAAAUAAGAAUAUCAAGAAGAUCAUACAAAAGAUGGUGGAGACGUAUAAGGAUUGGCAUGAAAUGCUUCCCUUUGCAUUACAUGGCUAUAGAACCUCUGUUCGUACCUCAACAGGGGCAACUCCUUUCUCAUUGGUGUAUGGAAUGGAAGCGGUACUUCCCAUUGAAGUUGAAAUUCCCUCAAUCAGAGUCUUGAUGGAAACAAAACUGGAAGAGGCGGAGUGGGUUCAAUCACGAUUUGACCAAUUAAAUCUCAUAGAAGAAAAAAGAAUGAUAGCUCUAUGUCAUGGCCAGCUAUAUCAAAAAAGACUUAAAAAGGCAUAUGAGAAAAAAGUCCGUCCUCAAGAGUUUCAAGAAGGGGACUUGGUGUUAAAGAAAAUAUUGCCCAUAAAAAAAAAUUUUCGUGGAAAGUGGACCUCGAAUUACAAAGGACCAUAUGUUGUGAGAAAAGCUUUUUCUGGAGGAGCUCUAAUACUCGCAGAAAUGGAUGGAGAUGACCUUCCACUUCCAGUAAAUUCAGAUGCAGUCAAAAAAUAUUAUGCUUAAAAACAGUGAUGAGCUCGCUAGUUUGAAAACCUGAAAAG